CUCGAGCUGACUCAUUGUGGAGAGCUGUAUGGUGGAUACGGACAGGCAUGCACACACACCACUGACACUCCUCUUACAGCACAUUCACACAAACACACAUGCGCACACUUGCUAAUACAAGUGCUCUCCAAACGGCACGCUCUCACUUCAGCUUUUGCACAGGAUGUUAUGAAAUCGGCACUGUUGCUGAAACUUGGUGAAGGUCGCUGGGUGUCCUCUCUUGCAGCCACCCACUCUUCACCUGACACACACACACAUAUUGCUGUGAAGAGAGCUGAAGAGAGCUCAGCUCAGUUCCAGUCCUAUCCCUGCUUGUGUGAGGAGCCUGUCGGUGGACCGGAGUGAAGAGGCCCCAGGACGGCAUUGAUUCCCUUUUACAGUGCAGACACUUUCUCCUGACCUUAGCCAAGGAAGACAGACGGGGAGGAAUACUGAUGGCUGUGACCGACAUUCCAGAGGACGACCUGGAUGAGAUGAUGCGCGAAGAAGCUGAGGACGUCUUCUAUGAAGAUGGAGUUUCUUCCCGCAUCCCAGAGAUCAUGGCGGCCGGCACCCACUCCCCUGGAGGGCCCAACGGCAUCAUACGGAGCCAGUCGUUUGCUGGAUUCAGCACACUGCAGGAGCGCCGCUCUCGGUGUAACUCGUUCAUGGGAAACUCUGCGGUGCCGAAGAAGCCUCAGUCCAAGCCCAAGAAGUCCCACCUGUCUGGCCACAAGGGCGGCAGCAGCUCCAGAGAGCCACAGCCCAAAAGACUGGAGGAGGUUUACACAGCACUCAAACAAGGCCUGGAUGAGUACCUUGAAGUUCAUCAAACAGAGCUGGAUAAACUUACAUCUCUAAUGAAAGACAUGAAGAGGAACUCUCGCCUGGGAGUGCUGUAUGAUCUCGACAAGCAAAUCAAAAGCAUUGAGAGGUACAUGAGACGCCUUGAGUUUCACAUCAGCAAGGUGGAUGAGCUGUACGAAGCUUUCUGUAUCCAGAGCCGCCUGAGAGACGGUGCCAUCAGGAUGAAGCAGGCUUUCUCCUCCUCUCCCUCCACCAAAGGCACCAAAGAGAGCAUUGCAGAGGUCAACCGUCGGUACAAGGAGUACACUGAGAACAUGAGUGCUUUCGAGAGCGAACUGGAGAAUUUGCUGGGGGAGUUUCACAUCAAAAUGAAAGGAUUGGCAGGCUUUGCUAGGCUCUGUCCUGGAGACCAAUAUGAGAUUUUCAUGCGGUACGGUCGGCAGCGCUGGAAGCUGAAGGGGAGGAUCGAAGUGAACUCGAGGCAAAGCUGGGAUGGAGACGAGAUGGUCUUCAUGCCCCUCAUCUCUGAUCUCAUCAAUAUCAAAGUGACCGAGCUUAAGGGUUUGGCCACUCACAUGCUGGUGGGCAGUGUCAUCUGUGAGACCAAGGAGCUGUUCACAGCCAUGCCCCAGGUAGUGGCUGUGGACGUCAAUGACCUGGGAACAAUUAAACUAAACCUGGAGGUGACAUGGUACCCCUUCGAUGUCGAAGAUCUGACCCUGUCAUCAGGCAACUUGAGCAAAGCUGCAGCUCUCCAGAGACGAGUCUCAGUCUACAGCCAGGGUACACCGGAGACCCCCACCUUCCAGGACAGCUCCUUCUUUUCUACUUUACCAGAUGAUAUCUUUGAAAAUGGUGGCUGCGGCGUGGCCGAGUGCAAACGUCUGUCCUUCACCUUCUCGGACACCUCAGGGUCGUCCCCCAGCCCCGCCCAGAGCUCCUUCUCCCAAAGCCAGUCCAACCCCGAGAUCACCGUCACUCCUCCAGACACAGAUUUGUUUCCCACCCCUAUGCUCCAGACGAGGGAGGACUCCAUUGCAGAGGAGCAUUUAAUGGAGGAAGAGGAGGAAGUGUACGAGGAGGAUGGGGAGACGGGUAGCAGAGGGAGCAGAAACAGUGCCAGCCUUGCCAGUGACGAAGCAGAUGUUGCAGACUCAGAGUGGGAGCGCACAGAGUCCCAGCGCAAUUCCAUCUCCAACUGUGGCUCAGCUGUUCCAUCCCUGUGUUCGGAUGGACACCUGUCCAUGGUGGCUCCAGAGGACGUUUUCCUGGAUCACGGCGACGAGCUGAAGCCAGUGGAGCUGGACACAGAAGAGCCGGGAAACCUGACCAGGCAGCUUGUGAAGAGGCUGACGUCUUCAGAAAUCGUCUCACCUGCUGGGAGCUCAGCUGAGGGUGGAGGGAGCCUGGGCUGGGCGGGAGAGGGGAGCAGGGCUUUCCUGGAAAGCAGCCUGGAGGAGGCCAUCCACAGCCUGCUGAUAAAGCUGGAGUCACUCACCCAUCGCUGCAGGGAGCUUCAAGACCUGGAGCAGGAAGUGAUGCGCCUGGAGGAUCUCCUCAAGUGUCGUCUGCCUGGUCACAGAAGUCGGUCGUCCAGCCUCAGCCUGACGGUGGAGAGCGCCCUGGAGAGUUUCGACUUCCUCAACACCUCUGACUUCGAUGACGAUGAUACCGGAGAUGACAACAUGGGCAUUUGUAGUCCCCCACAGAAGUCUCCACCUUUGGAUGCAGAUCCAGAAAGGAUUGAGAGCCAGCACCCUGAGGCCAGAGGACACCUGAGUGAAGCCCUGACGGAGGACACCGGGGUUGGAAACAGCGUUGCGGGGAGUCCGAUGCCACUCACCACUGGAAACGAAAACCUGGACGUGGCCAUCGUCAUCCACCUUCAGUAUUGCAUUCACCUCAUCCAGAUUUUGACCAGCAGGGUGGGUUUGUGGCAGCGCCGCAGUGUCCUCCUCAAACUGUCCGGACAGACGCAGCUGCUGGAGGAGCUCGCAGAGAUCAGCGUGGACAGGCUGGGAGCCGUCACCUCCGCUGCUGACGUUCUCCCGAACCUCGCGGAGCGCCCCCAGCUGAUGACUCUGUGGUCAGAAUGCAGUGGGUCUGCGGGGCUUUUCCACACCACACUGGACAGAGUCUUCAAGCACAUGAACCAGCGCUACACAGCGGUGCUGCAGGAGAGACACUCACACGGCGCUGACACAGUGAUUGGCAUGGUUGUGGGUGAGAUGGUGGACAGGAGCGACCUGGCUGCGGCACACGCUGCUCCUGCUGCGGUGCUGUCCCGGGACGUCCUGACUGUGUUCCAGUUUCACAGCUACAUCUUGCAGCACGACGUUCAGGAUAUGGAGAUUCACCUGUUGCACUUGGCCAGAGAAGAGGACUUUGCAGAGGUCCUGUGCAGUGGUGAUUACUCUCUGUGUCUAGCACAACUGGUGGAGGUGCCUUGGUCGACUCUCUGGCCUCAAAACAGCACCCUGAGGGCCUUGGCCUCCCUGCUCAACGCAGAAGACCCCCGGGUCAACAAGGCAGCAGCCGACUACCUCUCCUCCGGAGCAUCAGACGGAAACUUCAGGACCAGGGCGGUGGAGUACUACACCCAGGCGCUAUCAGAGGCCGGAGUUCAGAGCCAGAGGGCGGCCUGCUCGGCCCUUAGCUGUCUACAGGCAGUGGAGAGCCUUAAAGCAGUCAUAGCGCUGUGUGAUUCAGCUGAUGAGGAGCUGCGCCAUGUGGCCAUAGAGACCCUGCUCACAUUUGGUGAGGAGGGACGACUGGCGUACGAGCAACUGGACACAGUGGUUGGGGAUAUGAUCCGCCUGGGCACACGGAGAGAACACGCCGUCACCACCGCCUUCUGAGCCAUCAAGCCACUUAAAACCCAACAAUCCCAGCCCCGAGGAGCUCCGAGGGACAACGUCGAGCACGUUCUGCACACCUCUCUGAGCUGCUCUGCUCGCUAAUCUGAAGUCAAUUCCUGUUCAUAACUGCCUCUUGGAAAGAACUAACACCAAACAGACAGUCUUAACACACACAACCUAUACCCUUCCUACAUCCAGACUUAGACUCUUUUUACUUUAAUAAGAGACACUCUACACACUUGUCCUUCCUUAUCUUGCAUUCUGAGCCAGACAGACCAGUCAGGCUGAACCGGAACCGGAGCUGGAACUUGACUGGACCCGAAGCUACUGCUGCACAAACUCUGGAUGUUCCUGCAAAGCAUCCUCUCCUUGUAAACAAGCACACAACCACAUCACUUACAAUUAAGGAAUCUGUUUAUAACUACAGACCGAUGUGUCUCUUAAUAUUUAGUGUUUUUUAAAUAAUUAUUGCAGCAUGUUUUAGUUGGUGGUUCUGCAUUGUUUUUGGGUGCUUUCAAAAGAUUACACUUCUAAGCUUGUAAGUACAGCAUCUUUUCCACGGCUAGAAAAUACACCUGGUUGUGUUCACACUGUAUUUUAAUCUAUGUUUUCUGCUACGUUCCAUUUGAGUUUCAGGGAUUUUGCAGCGGCUGAAAGACGUGCGUUACUGGAGGGUGGUUUUGAAGGAGCAAGUGAAGUCAGAAAGCAGUUUACAGCCUUCUUGCGACAAAGUGAAGCAGGUGCCCACUGUUCCACUCGCUCAGCAGUUUUAUGUCUGAGCCUUCUCAUGCUUGCAGUUUAACAAGUGCAAUCUUUGUUUUGUACAUAUGUAAUUCUUUUUGGGGUUUUUUUUUUUUGCACCUGGCCGAUGCAAGAAGCCCAUUAUAACGUCAGUUUCGACCACCUGAGCCUUGAUGAGGUCGAGCCGACAGAUUCUUUUUCUAAAUCUAUUUUUCCUGCCAGGUCAGGAGCCAGUGCAGGGUAAUAACUGUGGUUAUUUAUUUCUAGGGAACACGCAUUUUGGCAUCUGAAAUGAGAGGAUAGGAUCUGAGUGUUAUUGUAGCCUUGUUUUAGGCUUCACUUUAUUUUAUUACGAGAACUGGCAAAAUGAAAUGCUUUGUUUUUCCACAUCCCUGAAUGCCGCGUGGAAAAACUGUACUGAGGCAAGGAUCUGCAAUGUGCAUCUCCAUAAAUUAGAAGAUGUUUCAAAGAUUGAGUCAUAGAGUUUAAAAAGUAUAACUCAUAUAUAGAUUUAUUAGAUAGUGAUGUCUUUCAAGCAUUUUUUUAGAUAAAAUCCUACGAUUCAGCUGCUUAGAACAUUACAUAAGACCCAGAAAUGUUUUAUUUUAAUACAGGGACCAGCAACAAAGAAUAUCCAUGUACUGUACUUUAAUUACUGCAUCAGUGCAGAGUGGCAUGGAGGCGAUCAGUCUGGCCUUUAGCUCGACUGCAUUAUGGGGCCUGGUGUCUCUCAUCUUCCUCUUAUUCUCAUCUUACAUAUUUUCUCUAUGGGAUUUAGAUCAGGGGAGCUUGCUGUCCAAUCAAGCACAGCGAUACCAUGGUCAUUAAACCCAAGUUUAGUAGUUAGAGUAGAGUGGGCAGGCGUCAAGUUGUACUGAAAAGUGAGAAAUCAGCAUCUCCAUAAAGCUCAUCAGCAGAGGGAAGCAUUGGGUUUUUUCUGCCAAACUUCUUCCUUCUACUAAACUUUUCAUUAAUAUGCAUGGAUUCUGCACCCUGUAGACAGACGGCUUUUAGCAUUGACCUUUUGUGACCUUUUUUGAAGGGUGUCAAUGAUUGUCUGCAAAACAUCUGUGAAGUCAGCAAUCUUUCCCAUUAUUUGUUAACAUGGUCUUAUAUACAAUAAAUCCAAUAUAAUCAAUUCUUCCGAGGAAUUGAAUUUGGGGUUUUAUUAAGCUGUUGGCAACAAUUAUCUAAAUUACUCAAAACAUUUGAAAUGCAUCACUUUGUGUAAUGAGUCUACAAAAGUUGACUUUUUGAGUUGAAUUUUUAAAAUGAAUUAGCUUUUGAAUGAUAUUCUAAUUUAUUGAGCUGCACUUGUAAUGCCUGCUUUUAUCAUGUUAACUGUACUACUGAGUCAUGUGCUAACGCACUAAGACAAAAACACACAUAGGAACAUAGAAUUCCAUAUUUAUUAUUUCCUCCUUGUAAUUUUGCUCUUCUUUUGGAGUUAAACUUUAGUAGUGCAGAAGAAAUGGUUCUGUGAAUUAUUUGCAUAUUUCUGUUCUAUUUUCAGGUCUAAUAUUAAUAACUAUUGACCUCGAUGUUUUCUAUUAUGAUCUUGUGAACGGAUGCCUAAUUUUAAUUGGAGUUUAUUUUAAUAGGAAUAUAUUAGAUCAUCAUUUUGGAGAUUUGCUAAUAGUAUGUUUUCUUCAUUGAAGUAUCCCUAAACUUUUGAGACGUCCAUAUAUUUAUCAAUAUUGCUUUAUCAACUAGAAGAUUUACUGUAACCAAAGGAAAUGUAAUUAUAAUUUUGACUUUUUUUAACAAAGAGCUAAUCCAAGAGAAUAUAUUUUCAAUAAAUCAUUUGCAUUAGGUCGAGAACUCCCAGAUCUUUAAAAAAAAAAAAAAAAGCACAACUGAGAAAAAUUAAACCCACAAUAGAUGGAUCUUGUUACAUUUAGAUGUAACUUCUUAAUCAGGUUCAAAGCCAUAUUGAUGAGUAUUAUUACACAUUUCUUCUGUAUUAUCUGUAAAUGUGUGAACUGUUACUAAGAUUGUCAUUUUUGUUUUUCUAUACAAUCUUUUUGCAAAAUAUGGUCCAAAUCUGAAGCAAUUUUCAUUUUAUGUGCAUAAAGCAGUACAAUAUUUUUAGCCUAGUAUCUAAAUUAACCUAUUCAUUGUAUAUAGCAUUUUCCUUUUUAUGAACUUGCAGUUCACCAGUGUUUAUAAUUCGUGGGCCAUGUGAAUCCUUAGCACUGUUAAGUACAAGCAAGCAAAAGUGUGCACAUGUGGAGUUAUUUACAGUUUUAACACUUUGCUGAAAUUGAAAUGAAUCUGUGGUCCAUAGUUUCAGCACUGAUCCAUCUACUAAUUUGUGGUCAGCAGUAUUUCCUGUGCUCCAAUGUUGCAAUAAAGUAUAUUUUUGCAUAUUAAAA